AUGCGAUUCGGGCGCAGAGGCAAGCUAAGUCCAAGGUAUAUUGGUCCAUAUGAGAUUUUAGAUCGAAUCAGAUCGGUGGCAUAUAGACUUGCCUUGCCUCCGAGGUUGUCUACGGUCCAUCCUAUAUUUCAUGGGCCUAUGCUUAGAAGAUAUAUUCAUGAUGAUAGUCAUAAGGUUCAUCCCGAGGAUGUGGAGCUUGAUGAGAACAUAACGUAUGAAGAAGGUCUGAUAGUUAUUCUUGAUAGACAAGUACGACAAUUGAGGUCAAAGAAGGUUGAUUCAGUGAAAGUGUUGUGGCACAACUAUCCCACAGAGGAAGCGACGUGGGAGUCUGAAGUAGACAUGCGAAGAAAGUACCCACAGUUAUUUGAGAUGUCAGGUUCAUGUGUUGGGAUAAGCGUGCGCUUAGCAGAAUCGGUGGUCUUAGACUAA